CUGUUUUUUCAACAUCCUGAUAAGAAAAGUUCUUGAAGUAUGGCAGCUGCAACGACCCCGGUUGGCCAAGAUCAACCGACCAAAACUGCUCCUAUCGUGUUUGAUGUAUCCCAGCCUCCGGUCAUUGAGGGAUUUAACCCGCUGCCGAGGGCAAGGGAAGAAAGCUUUAAAGACAAAUUUACCAGAAAGACAAAGGAGAAUCCAUUCGUCCCAAUAGGUUGCUUAGGAACAGCAGGAGCAUUGAUCUAUGGCCUCAGUGCCUUCAGACGUGGCAAGACUCGGCAGUCCCAGCUGCUGAUGAGAGCCCGUAUCUUUGCUCAAGGCUUCACCGUCGUUGCCAUCAUAGUGGGUGUGGCUGCCACAGCACUGAAGCCCAAGCAGUAGAAAGAAACGACCAAAGGAAACAUCAGACCACGUUUAAUAACACUGACAAAUGCCUUAUGUAGUCGAUGGGUGAAAUGUAAUGUCAGCGAGGAAUUACAUAAAUCUUUGCAAUGGUAUUUGGUAUCAUUGUUUUCUUUAAAGAGAAAGGCGUGGUGGAAAAACAAAUAAUCAUCCAACAGGUUGAUCUUGUCUGCUACUACACAGAUUUAUACCCAAUAUAUCAUCUAAUAAG